AUGGGCGAGCAUCAUGGUGGAGGCGCAAAUGGCGUCGGAGAGCAAGCCCCUAUGAGCGAGCAUCAUGGUGAAGACACUGAUGGCGUCGGCGAGCAAGCCCUCAGGGGCAUUGUCAAGGCCGGGGCGCCGUGUGGCGAGCUGGUGGGGGCCCAACCUGGCGAGGCUGACUGUGGAGCUGAUCCAGCGCUCCUAAGUGUUGGGCAAGAAUUGAUAGUCGUGAAGGAGGCGUCGAUACCUGGGUCGUCACCGUUGGAUGAGCUAGGUGUGGCAGCGGUGGAUGUUGGGUAUGGAGCUGCGCAAGUGCAAGAGGAAGUAAUGUCGGGAGUUAGGCACCACGAGGGGGCGCCAGAAGGUAGGGCGCCAUGA